UGCCUGACUUGACGUCGCAGCUCUACUCUUUAACAUCAGUAGCAGCCUUCGGCAUAGUAGCGCUGCUGCAGAUCCUCUGGGGAGCGGACAGAAAGAUAUCACUGUGUUUGUGUGAACAUGCCGACAGAUAGAGCAUCUUUCUGCCUCUCAUGUAUCCUUUCUCGCUUUAUCUGAAGAGGAGUCCUGCAGAGGAAGGACUUGCAGAGCCAGGAAGGAGGUGACAUGCCCUUCACUGCAUGGCGCAGUCAUUCGCUGUCAGAAUUGGACGAGGUAAAGACCGGAAUUGUGCUUUAAAAUCGUUAUUUUUAAGGCAAAGGAAGCGUGGCCAUCUGUUUUGGAUAAUCUUCCAGGGAGAAUAACGACAUUACAUGCCGGAGCGACGGGGAAAUGCAGCACAGCGGGCGUUAGGCUGCAGGUGGAUGGCCAACCUGACGGUUCCAGCCGCCGCUUCCCUCCCGUUCCGCUGCUCUGGCGUCACCCAGCGCUUUAAACCCAACUGAAAAACACAGAGAUCCGAAUAAACCAUGCUUCCAGGGGUCGGUGUGUUCGGCACCAGCCUGACCGCCAGGGUGAUCAUCCCGCUGUUGAAGAACGAGGGCUUCGCCGUGAAAGCGCUGUGGGGCCGGACCCAGGAAGAGGCGGAGGAGCUGGCCAAGGAGAUGAACGUGCCGUUUUACACCAACCGGAUCGACGACGUGCUGCUGCACCAGGAUGUGGACCUGGUCUGCAUCAACCUGCCUCCACCUCUCACCAGGCAGAUCGCAGUCAAAACACUGGGUAUUGGAAAGAACGUCAUCUGCGACCGGACAGCAACGCCUCUGGAUGCCUUCCGAAUGAUGUCAGCGGCCCAGUACUACCCUAAGUUGCUGAGCAUUAUGGGAAAUGUGUUACGUUUUCUGCCCGCUUUCGUUCGAAUGAAGGAGCUGUUAGAAGAGGGGUACAUCGGAGAGCUUCUGGUCUGUGAAGCCCAGGUCCACAGUGGCAGUCUCCUAGGAAAGAAAUACAACUGGAGCUGCGAUGACCUGAUGGGAGGCGGAGGUCUGCAUUCCGUGGGUAGUUACAUCAUUGACUUGCUAGGGUUUCUGACCGGUCAGCGCGCAGAAAAAGUCCACGGCUUCCUCAAGACCUUCGUCAAACAGACGGACCACAUCCGGGGCAUCCGUCAGAUUACCAGCGACGACUUCUGCACGUUCCAGAUGGCGCUGGAGGGCGGCGCCUGCUGCACCGUCACGCUGAACUUCAACGUUCCCGGAGAAUUCCGGCAGGAGGUUAUCGUCGUAGGUACGGUGGGAAGGCUUACGGUCACCGGGACAGACCUGUACGGACAGAAGAACAGCAGCGGAGGAAACGGUGGGGGUCCUGAACUCCUGCUCAAAGACAAUACACCUGUUGAGAAUUCUUCCUUACCGGAGAAGGCCUUCAUUGACAUUCCGUCCCCGUAUCUCAUUGGAACAAUCCGCAUGAUCCAGGCCGUGCGGGAGGCCUUUCAGGACCAGGACGACAGGCGGACGUGGGACGGGAGGCCUCUGACAAUGGCUGCUACAUUUGAGGAUUGUCUUUAUGCUCUUUGCGUGGUUGAUACCAUCAAGAAAUCCAACCAGAGUGGAGAGUGGCAGAACAUUGUGGUGAUGAAGGAGGAGCCAGAAAUCAGCCCGGCCUAUCUGAUCAGCGAGGCCAUGCGUCGGAGUAGGAUGUCCCUCUACUGUUAGCAUCUGGCUGACAAUGGCCUGUGUUUACCUUAACUGGAGGUGGCAGCUCAAAGGCUUAGUGUUGUUUUGGAACUUUAUUUAUUAAUCUUCUGGGUACAGUUAUUAAAAUCAUCACUCUCUUUUUAAAACCGUCCAAUGUGUAUUGCUACUGUUACAAACAGAGAGGUAUGAUACAGAGAGCUAUGGUUUCCUGAAACCCUGCCUCAGCAGUAGAAGAAAAGCAAUGUGAUCAAUAAUUAAACUUUUAUUUAUAAGGAAGCCUUUCCUGUUUUCCUUUUGACAGAAGUCUUGAGUCAUUAAUGGGAGAUACACUCGUAAAUCAAACUGAUUCAUACAACAAUAAGAUAUACUUUGGAGGCAGAGCAGGCAGUGAAACUAAUGCUACUGUAUCCUGCUUGACCAUAAGGGUAUUGCUCCUUUCUUCCCUGCUUCUCUUCUUUAUGACUGGGUCUGGAAGACAACACCUUACACUGUGGGUCCAAAAUAUGGACAGCCAAGGAAGAAUGAUAGUCCCUUAGCUUAAAACUGUGCUGCUGUAUUGUCGCUGUAGUCUCUAGUACUUGGUUGUUUUACCAAGUGAAUGUUUUAAAAAAUAAUCAGUGUGCUUGAUAGCUUCGGACUGCUCUGUAUGCUUCCUCUUUGCGUGUGGAACAAGAGAGAAAAUAAAUCAAUAGUUUUGCUGCUGGGUUUUUCGAAGGGGUCUACCUUCUGGUUAAUGUAUGCAAUUUUUCCAGGCUGUAGUCUGUGGUAGAAAUACUUAAACUUCCACCUGGAGCAAAGGGUUAAUGGUUGGCCUUUAUGCAGUUAUAGUAGCCUGUGCAUACAAGUCUUGUAUGAGUGGCCAGUGCAGUUCUUAUUUUCUUAUUUAUUUAAUGCAAUUUCUGUCGUAAUUAAGCAUGGCCAGGAAAUACACUGAGCUUGUGUUGUGUGUGCAUAUGUCUACCGAGCCUUAAUAAAAAUCAAUCUUGCACUAGGUUGCGAGUAAAUGCUGAGCAAUAUGGGUGGUUUAUCCCAAUGUUGUAAUGCAAAGGCUCACACUUGCAUUAAGCUACCACGCCUCAUAAAGCUUCUCUGACACGCACAGUGAGAUGCAGGUUUGUCAGUUUGCAUCAUGCAUCAGUAUGCAAGUUCAGUUUGGACCGAAACAGCAUUUCUUUAAGCAGUAGUGUUGAGCGCAAAGGCUGGUGUUAUUCUCUGUUCCCAUGUCUGUAGCACUGAUUGAUGUAAACAGAUGACUAUGUUCCUUGUGAAAGGUGUCACUCAUAGUAAUGAUCCACAGAUUAUUAUUUCCUUACUCUUCAGAUCCCAUCAAUUCCACAUAGCACAUCAUUAUUUUCAUUAUUUUGUUUUUUUGGCCCACAAAUGCUGUUCUGGUUCACUCUCAAUGCUCUCGUAAAACGUGUUUUCAGCCAUGGCCGACGGCUGUUUUCAUCACCAAUAGGCACGAUACACCCAUGGUACUCUCCUUUAAGAAAUUGACACCCACAAUUAGCCAUAAUCAGGAAAAACUCAGCUAAAUGAGAAUGAUUUUGGACUUUCUUAAAAAUUAAAUAAUAGCUCAGCCUUUUUUGCUCAAGUUAGCCAAACAUGAGGGAAUAGAGCAUUUGUUUGGGACUAGUUUUAGCUUUUGAACAAAGAAAAUGUGGUGAUGUAGUAAGAAACCAAUACAUGAUUGCAGCCAGUCUUCACAACUUUGGUGGAUUCAAUUAGUGGACUAUUUUAGCAAAGAGCCAAAGAAGAAGGAAAAGAGCAAGAGUGAGAACAAUUAUCAACAGUCAUUCAAUAUAUAGGGAUUCUAAAACCCACCAUCGGAAAGUAUUUGCAAAUCCAGCUUGACUUAAGGUUUGGUAUCACUCAAUACAGGUGAGAGAACAGCACAGACCAACAAGCCAAAAGAUUGAUUUUUUUUUAUGCACUCUCUGUUCCUGUGUGGUUUUCCAAACUCUGCUGAAAUACUACCUAUGUAACGACUACUGAAAAUGUACAUAUGCAACAAUAUGUGUUUGUCUAAAGAAAUAAACAAGUACUGUAUGUA